CUGCGCCGUCUAUUCAUCGUCACCCCAGAAUGGAGUCAACGACCAAGAUGGGGCUUCUUACUGCCUGCUCCACAGGGAAUACGGAACGCUCUAGAAACUCCAUGGAAGCCACCACCUCGCUUCUUGCGGCUUUCGUUGUGGGGACAAGGCCAUUUACCUCAUCUGGAGUGGAUAUCUUACACGACCUCUACGUGAAGACCACACUACAGUAUGAGGUUGCGCUGCUUUUUGUCUAA